AUACUUAAAUAGUCUUUCUUCAGCAGUUAGUCACUAACUUUGUCUCUCUGUCUGUCUGGUGCUAGAGAGGUAGCCUACAGUCAGUUUAUCUGGGGUUUCUGCUGUGACAAAACAAUGCUGUUGAGAGAUAUAAAACUGAAUCAAAAGGGUAAAAUUGCGGACUUUAAAAACCAAAACAAUUUCCAGAAGGCUCUGUAGAGCUGAGGGCAUUGGGUAUUGGUAUAUGGAGGCAGUGAGUGGCCUACAUUAAGCCUUUCUAGCUGUUCUAGUCCUCCCUCUUGGCAAAAAGAACUACAGAAGUGGUAAAAUGGCUGCAAAGACAUGACUGACAUAAAAACUAAUAACACUAAUACAGUCCAUUGAGCUAAUGAACUGUAAUAUAUACUGACUUAUUUAAUAAACCAGAAAAAUCAUGCAUCAUGGUAUAAAUAGCUGAUUUUAGUUUAAUAACUUCCACAUUUCCUGUUUUCCACAUACUGCCAACAUAUUAUGAAUGUAGCAUGAGACCAUCUAGAAAACUGAACUAAAAAGUUCCCUUAAGCAAGGCACUUUACCCCCCAACUGCUCUUGUAAAAUAAAGUCCAACUCCUAAUUGGGGUGAACUGCUCUGCAUCUACUUCAGUUAUUGUGCAAUGUACGGAUGUAGCCUAUAUACUGCGGAAAACUCAAGGGAAUUGUUUUAUGACAGGUUGUUGCAGUUGCAUGCUGGGAGAAUUUAAAGUCCAGGUUUUAUCUCUUACAAGGGGAGAAGAGAUCAGAGUCAAGUAGCACAGACUCUCCAGGUUGUGUCCACACCGAUCAGGCGGAGGAGGAAAAAAAGACGAUGAGGAGCUCAGCCCUCAUCCUGCUGUUGACUCUGCAGCUUGUGGCUGGUUCUUGGGCUCAGGUGUGUCAGAGUCCUGAUAAGAAAUGUGAUUUUGUGUGUGACUGUUCUGACUGCAGCGAUGAGCAAGACUGUGGCUACAGAGGAAAGACGUUUGAGUGUGACCUUGAGGACGCAGGAAUGUGUGGAUGGACUGACCAGUCUAUCAAUGCAGCAGAGUACAGCUGGGAGCAUCGUCAGAGAGGGGACACGCUGCCCGACAGCGGGCCAUCCUCUGACUACACCACUGGGACAGCUACAGGUUCGUUUAUGGGAGUGAGCGCAGUGAAGACUCUCAGCACUGCAGUUUUAAUCUCCCCAGAGAUUAAACAGUCUUCACCAACCUGUCGCCUUCGCCUGAGAUAUUUCCUGUGGGACUCAGGUCACACAGGUCUGGGCCCCACACCCUUAUGGGCGUCUGUCCUUCGUCAGGGCUCUCAGGAGGCUGUUGUGUGGCGUCCUGAAGCCACCAGCGUCCGUGGCUGGAGGGAGGGUACCAUCUUUCUGGGCCGUAUUUCCCUUCCCUUCCAAAUCCGUCUUAGCUCGCAACGCACCGAGGGAAGGAGAGGAGAUGUGGCAAUAGACCAGCUGGAGUUUCUGGACUGUGCUCUCCCCUUGCCACUUCCUGGUAAAGAGUGUCCAGUUGGCAUGAAGGGGUGCGAGCAUGGGGGCUGCGUGGAGGAGCGGCAGUUCUGUGACGGCAGUGACGAUUGCGGUGACCUGUCUGAUGAGAAGAACUGUGAGGUCAAGGUCUGUGACUUUGAGAUGGACCUGUGCAACUGGGACCUGACAUCAUUAUCUUCACUGAAAUGGGUCAGGACGAAUCAGGAGAACAUCUCCAUCACGGAUCCUCUGAAAGGACCAGGCAGGGAUCAUUCCACCAACAGUGAAGCAGGUCACUUCCUGUAUGUCACUGUCCCUGAUGGUGGUCUGACUGGUAGUGACUGGGCUGCUUUCCAAAGUCCCCGCCUUGAACCCACCAAUAGUUCACAUCCUUGCAAGAUGGUGAUGUACACUCACCAGUUUGGGCCGAGGUCAGGUGGUCUGACGGUGCUGGUGGCAGAUGAGAGCAUCUACCCUGUGUGGGAGAGGGGUGGCGCUCUAGGCGAUGUUUGGGUGAAGGCAGAGGUGGAGAUUGUCACCAAUUCCACUUUCCAAAUUUUGAUAAUGGCAGCAAUCAGGAACUUUGCAUAUGGAGGUAUCGGUGUCGACAGCAUUAUAUUGUCUCCUGAAUGCCGCCCAUCAUCUGUAAAUAAUACCUGGGCAAAAUUCCCUAAACCUCCUGAACACCCAUGUACUACACCGGACAAGAUGUGCGAUUUUCAUCGUGACUGUGCAGAAGCAAAGGAUGAAUCCAAAUGUGGGGAUUUCUCUUACACUAAGGGCAGCUCAGGCUGGACUGACACCAGCAUUGGGAGUCAAGGUUGGGUGCUCUACAAAAAUGCUACAUCCAAAGAGGAGUACCUGUAUGUAGCCGAGGCCCCAGGCCAGCAGCUGACCGAAGCCCAGACACGGACCCCCCUCCUGGGCCCCUCCGGCCCAGCCUGCACCCUCAGCUUUGAUUUUGCACUAACUGGGAAUCCAGAUCACAUUGGUGAGCUGUCCAUCAGGGUGAUCGACAGCUUGCUGGGCAUUCGGCCUAAACUGUGGGAGUUCAGUGGAAAGACAGGAAUGGGGGAGGAGGCAUGGCAAAACAUCAGCUUGACUAUUGGAGCCAGAGAAAAUCGCUUCCAGCUUGUGUUUGAGGCUCAUGCUUUCAAACUUUGUCCAUGCGCCAAGAUUAAAGUGAAAAACGUUCGCUUUAUCAGCUGUCAUGCUGGCCAUAUUCCAUCUUCUCCGACAGCACUGUCAUGUAACUUUGAACAGGGGCUGUGUGGAUGGUAUCAGGACAACAGUGACAACUUUGAUUGGACGGUGCUCGAUGGGAUGGACCACACCAUCGGGAUUGGAAGAAGCCUUGCUGUGGACAUGUGGAGUCCUUCUCUGCGCGGUGCGUUCGGGCGCUUAGUUUCAUUCACACAGUUACCAAGUCCUAAUGCUUACUGCCUGUCCUUCUUCUACAAACUCUACGGGGUGAACACAGGUGCUCUGAAUGUCAAGCUGUUAGAUAACAACGGUUAUGAAAUUGUCCUCUGGACCCGCAGUGGAGGUCAUGGCAACAUGUGGCACGAAGCUCAGUGCCCGGUGUCACAGCAGCUCACACCCUUUAAGCUGAUGUUUGAAGCAGUCCGCUCUGGUUUUGACGGGCGCGUGGCCAUUGACGAUGUGUCGUUCGUCGACCGUCCGUGCAGCGUGCCAAGAAUGUGUUCUUUUGAAGGCCAGCAGUGUGGGUACAGCAGCUUUGGUAAAGCUCGCUGGCUCCACCGCCGCUGGCAUACCACGACAACAACUGGACCAAAAACUGACCACACCUUGGAGACUGAAAUGGGUUUCUACAUGAUGGUUAACACCGGAGCAGACAUCCUUCCUUUUGGUGAUGCGGCAGUCCUCGCCUCCCCUGUUCGCAAAGGAAUUGCCAAGACCGAGUGCGUCCAUUUCUGGUAUCACAUUGGAGGAGAGAAUCCUGGUUCCCUGAUCGUGUAUGUGAAGCCGGUGAAGGGAGAAAGGGUGAAGAUCUUCUCUGAUAGUCUAAACCAAGGAGAUGUCUGGCGCCAUGGCAACGGCAACAUCUCGAUUGACCUUGUGGAAUGGCAGUUGGAGUUUGAGGCAGUCGGAGCCGGAGGCAAAGACACUCACAUUGCAAUUGAUGACAUCUUCCUUUCAGCUCACCCGUGUGGAGAUCAAGGUUCUAAGUGUAGUUUUGAGAAAGGGAUGUGCAGCUGGAGCAACACUCAAAACGUCAAAGUGGACAAACUGGACUGGGAGCUGACGAGUAAGGAGGCAGAGAGGCACUAUCCCACCCCACCUGAAGACCACACUCUGGGCACAGAGAGAGGUCACUUCCUGUUCCUUCCAAGCAGCAACCGGACGGCAGCCAAUCUUAACGCUCAGUUGCUGAGCUCUCACCUGCCCCCGACCAAAGGCACCUGCCUGAAAUUCUGGGCCUACAAGCCACACUCAUCGGACAGCAGGCUGAAUGUGUGCAAGCUGUCUAAAGGUCAUCUUAAUCAACUGCUGGUUGUGAGUGAACUGGGAGGACCGUGGAAACGUUUUGAUGUCAACAUCACAUCAACUGAGGAAUACCAGAUUGUGUUCGAAGGAAUCAAAGGCACAUCCGGCGUUGUCGCUCUGGAUGACAUUGAGUACACGGUCGGAAUCAGCUGCUCUAACAAAAUCACAGAUGGACUGACAACCUCACCUAACCAUGACAACGCAGGAGGGAUUGCAGCGUCCGUGAUUGUGGUCCUGCUGCUGAUCGGCACAUUGAUCGCCCUGCUGAUUUACUACCUGCGAACCCGACAGGCUGUGAGCGGUCCAUCAUCAUCAUCUUCCUCAGCUGGUGGUGGUUUCACGAAUGAAACAUAUGAACCAGACCUCACUCAAGACCGUUUGACUAUUUCGUCAGUGCAAAACCAUCCAAUGGCAGCUGGCUUCAAUAACGUCUCUUUCUCUUCUGAUGUCAGAGAGAUGGAGGUGGCGUGAGGCAGGAGGAGUGGUGGUCCUGCCACCCAAAGGUGGUUUUGUGAAUUUAAGGCGAUAUCACAGCAGAAGAACUGCUUGUGUCGCCCUUACAUGACACACACACACACACAUAACACUAACACAGCCCACAUACUAAAACACUGAUGAAGGCCUAAUCGGUGCAUUUGCCCCAGAUGUGGUGGAGCCCUCGGGGGCCGCAGCUUUCUACCUGUGAACGGACAGAUGGAAGUCAGAAGGAGAAUGUCUAACGUGUCAUGAAUGGAAAUUAGUUUAACUUUCUUUCAAUUGAGACUGGGAAUAACCUAUGAAUGGUAAAAAGGUUUGCUUGGGGAUUUAUGAUCCAUUUUGGAUCUGAGGCGAGGUUCCAACAGUUUCAGGUGCAACAAUGAAUCCUGUUUAGUAAAAGAGACUCCAGCAGCCAGCCUUUCUUUUCUGG